CUGUACUUUGCAGGCACUAUGAAAGUCUUUCUUUCCUUUGCAGUCCUUGCAGUCCUUUUACUGGUUCACAGCUCCCAGGCAGUCUAUGUUCAGGAUGGAGACUUGAAAUUCUCUCUUGAGUCUGUAAAGAAGCUAAAGGAGCUUAUGGAUGAGAAGAGAGACAUUAACCCUCACCUGGUAGCUUCAGUGCCUCGCUAUUUUCCAUGUGAUGAAGAAGAUCUCCCUGAGGAGUUCCAGGCUGUGUGCAAAAGAGAAGAUGCACCCAAGAUUUUUGAGAGGCUGGACCUGGCUGUCCAAGAUGCUGAUUUGUGUGAGAUCUGUGCCAAUGCUGCCUGUGCUGGUUGCUUCUGAAGAAAGAUGAAAACAAUCCAGAGAAGAUGUGUGUCAAGCUAGGAAGUUUGUGCAUUCAUAUUGCAAGAUCACAUACUUUCACAAAUCAAUAUUUGGGUUCCAUCUUCACUACAAGCCCAACUGUAGCUGCCAGCUCAUGUAGACAUACCAGGGGUAGUCCUGAAGCAGUCUGAUCAGGUGCCACCAGCAGUGCAGUUCUGGCAGCACAGAGAAGGUGAACCUCAUCUGAGGGCUUUCAGUUCUGCAGGAGUUGUGACACACUGGAGUGAAAAUGUCCUGGGCACAGUUUAAAUCUCCCCUCUCUUGUCUGGAUGAAACUGAGCAGUGUCCUGCAGGCUUUUUAAUAUCUAAAUCUGCCUGUGAUUCAGCCUGCUCUCCACAUAACACCCCACAGCACUGGGCUAUCACCUUUCCCAGCCCAUGCUUUCCAGUGUGUUGGAUAACUCUCUGUCUACCAGUAGGUCUGCAUGUGAUAUGUACAUGUAACAGAACUGAAGUAACUAGCUUGGGAACAAAGUUACUGCUGCUUAGCACCAUGUGCAAAGCCAGAACAUUCUCAGUCUGUUAUUGUACCAAUUGUUGCCAGUUUAGAGAAUGGAUGUAGAAGGGCACAAAAUGGUUUCUAUGCAGCUGUCUGGAAGCUCCUUUCUCUUGGCAGCUGUUCAUUAAGCUCUA